UUUGUUAGUUGCCUUUCGGUAUUUGCCAAGCAAGCGACGAUUGUUAAAGAGUUAAAUUCUAUUUGCAAAUUGAAAUUUGUUUUCAAAACGUCUUUCUUCGGCCAAGUUAAACUACAAUCGUUGAUCAUGAGUGCAGGCAAACAUUUGGGCAAGGGUUCAGUUCAUCCCGCUCUCCCCGACGAUGGCGUUCCUCGUCUCUACUCCAUGCGCUUCUGUCCUUAUGCUGAGCGUGCGCAUCUUGCCUUGAAUGCCAAGAAGGUGCCACAUCACACCAUCUACGUUAAUCUGACUGAGAAACCCGAGUGGCUGAUCGAUGUGAGUCCUUUGCUCAAGGUUCCUGCCCUGCAUUUGGUGGGAGAGAAGGCGCAGCCUUCACUCAUCGAGUCGCUGAUCAUUGUCGAAUAUCUGGAUGAGAAGUAUCCAGAGAAUCCUCUGCUGCCCAAGGAUCCUUUGAAGCGUGCUCAGGACAAGAUACUCGUCGAGCGUUUCAGUGCUAUUACCGGCGCCUUCUUGAAGAUCCUUAUUCAUGGAGAUGCCGCCGAUUUUUGGCCAGCCAUUGACAUAUUCGAGGCAGAGCUGGGCAAGCGUGGUACACCUUACUUCAGUGGCGAGAAGCCCGGAUUCGUGGACUACAUGAUUUGGCCCUGGUUCGAACGUCUGGCUAUAGCAGAGUUUAUCCUCAAGGAAAGCUACAACUUUGACAAGAAACGUUAUGCCAAGAUCAGCGCCUGGUUGGAUCUGAUCGUCAAGGAUGAGGUGGUGCAAUCUCAUUAUGCCACACCCGAACAGCACUUGACGUACUGGAAGAGUCGUAAGGCUGGCCAGACCAAUUAUGAUCUGCUCGCUUGAAGGGCAAUUGUAUUACGUGCCGAUCUAGGCAUUCAAUGUUUAAUCUUUAUAUUUAUGUUUUUUGUAUACAAAGUAAUAAAAGGUGCAAUUUACCCAAAUCACUUGAUUU